UAAAAAUAAUAUAACUGAAAAAUACAAAUUUGUAAACCUCCUCAUAUAUUUUAACCUACAAAAUUAGACAAAAUGCUGCCAACUACAUCAUAAAAUACAUUUCUUAUGGUAACACUGUAAACAUUUCACAUCAAUCAGCUGUUCAUUGUUUCGCUGAUUUUGUGGUAAUUGCGAAAAAGUCUAAUGAAACGACAUUAAAUUUAUUUUGAUAAUAACGAAAUACGUAUCGUUAGAAUUUUGAAUAAAUACCCACAAGAUGUACUUCUGUCCCGAUCCGAUCGACGAAGACAAAAAAUGCCGCAUUUGCGGUUAUGCCGAUAAGGAAAAUAUAAAUAUUUUCUGUAUGACAGCAGCGGCAAAUCGUAGCUGUUCUAUAAAUCUUUUUACAAAAGUAACCACCGUGUAUCCUAUAGUGCUGUAUGAAAAUGAUCCGUUACCGAAGAACAUAUGCAGAAAAUGUAUAAAUAGUGUCAAUCACACCUACAAUGAUAUUCAACGAGUUGUGAAGCAACAACAACGUUGGAUAGAGAAUGUACGAGCCAUGCAACCAGAAAAUAAAUAUUUGAGAAUUUUAGAUGCCAUUGAGAAUUCCAUCAAAGUUACCAAGGACUCGUUAAAGGUUAAUCAUCAGGUGGAUAUUAAAGAAGAAACCGUUAAGAAAAUUCUUAUUAAACCUGAAGAAGGGAUUGAAGAAGAUAUUAAACCUGGUAAAUAUCAACCGCUUAACGAAAACUUUGUUAAAGACAUCAAAUCGAAAUUAGAAUUAAAUGGAUGCACGGUGAAAAAAAUUAAGGUUACUCCCACAUUGCCGGAUAACACUGAGGAAGAUCCGUUACUGUAUGAAGAAAGCGUCUCUCCUACUUUGCCAGAAAUCGUUUCAUGCCAAUAUUGUUCAUAUACAGGCAAUGAUUUAAAGAAAUUAGCUGAACAUCAAUUAGGACAUCUUAGCAUUCCAGUUGACAAAAUCUUCCAGAAACGUAUACUGCCUACACAUCUUCGACGAGGCCGACUUAUUGAAGUAAAUAGUCAAAAAUCAAUACGCUGUUUAAACUGUUGGCGUAUAUUUGAUAAUAAUAAAGCCAUAUUGACGCACUGGUAUCAAGGUGAUUGCGAUUAUUAUUGCUUCUUAUGUGGCAAAGAAUUUCCUCAAGCUCCGAAAAUGCUACGAGAACAUGUCGCAGCAGCCCAUGGCAUUAGCUAUCGUUCCGUUAAGCGCCAAUCCAUAAUAGCACGUGGCAGUCCACGUAUACCAUCAUCCACUGAAGAAACUCGAAAACAGCCUGUUGCAACAAAACCCUUUUUCAGUCACUCAAUGGUGGGAACAAGUAAACUCAAAAAAGUCAAGGGUAUGGUCUCAAAGGCAGCAAAAAAUAUCAAUAGUCCGACAGUUUGCCCUAUAUGUCACAUUAAUUUUUCAAACUGGAGAUCACGUAAUUCGCAUAUGAGAAAACACAAGCCUUCCGUUAAAUAUGGUGAAGUUGUUCUACCACCAGAUUCGCGUAAAGACAAAUAUGCUCCAUUGGACAAAAAAUCGAAUCCAUCAGCUUCUAUGCUUGCAAAUAAUACUCAACGAAUCGGCAGUCAUCAUCAAAUGAAACCUGGUUUCCGUAUUAUAACCAAAAACGGACCGAUACCAGGCAUAAGAACGAAAUUUGUGCAAAGGCGUAGUGACUUAUUAUACAACUAUAGCAGCAGUUUCCACGAUAAGCCAUCAACAAGUACUUUCAUGUGUAGAAAAUCUACUGGUGAUAUAUAUAGUAGCACCUCAGGGCCGUUAAUGAAAUCACAACAACAACAAUUCACAUAUGAUGUGAAUUUAGGACACACGAAAAGUCAACAAAAUCAAACGAUUAUUAAAGAGGAACCUGCUGAGACUGAAGAAGAUGAUCGAUGGAAUUGCUUUACAUGUCAUGCAACAUUUAACAAUCCGACUGAAUUUGAGAGGCAUACAAUGUAUGCACAUAAUCCCAAUUUUGAUUGGUGAACAAAUUGAACUGCCCUUAAGCAAAAAGUUGAAGUUUCUAAAUAUUUUGUCAAAUGUGGGCGUGUCUGUUCGUCAAGUACAGUAGGCUCUUUUGUACAAAGUUUCAUACGAGAUUUUCUUGUUGGCUAAAGUUACAGUUACGAACGGUUAACGAAUCUAACUAAUUUUUGAACUAUGGCAAUCAAAAAAAAAAAAAAAAAAAAACUUUCCUCAGACGGCAGCCAAACAUUUACACAAAAGAAUUGGCAGACUUAAAUUGACAUAAAAUACUCCCAUAUAUAUACUCAACCCGAUAGGGGGUAUAAAAAUAAAUAUGUUCAUGAAUAUAUUUUUUAGAAUACAAUUAGCUU